AUGGAAUCAGACCCACAAGAAAAGUCAGAGCCUCAACAAGAUGCCUCCAAACCCAUUGAGGAGGAAGAACCCAUAGAAGAGGAAGAAGAAGAGCCUCAAGAUAUGGAGGAAGAAGAAUUGGAUCCUAUCGACAUAGAGGUCGAGGAAGAAAAAGAACCAUUUGAGAUGUUUCCCGAGUUUCAAGAAGAAGAGAAUGAUAUAAAUGAUGAAUCUAACUAUUAUGCCCCAAGUAACGAGGGAUCUGACUUCUAUGCACCCUCACCCGUGCUAGUACCUGAGACCUUUACUAUGGCGUUAGAGAAUUUUGGAAGAGCAGGUCCUCCCGAACCUGCUUGGUAG